UAUAUACAGAUUUAAAUUUGAAAGAAGGAAAAAAAGACAUCUUUAUUGAAAAUCUGAACUCUGAAGCUGAAGUGAGGAAUUGCUGCGACAAAAAAAUCGAUGAAAACCACCGUUGAGGCCAUCGCAAACAUUUUGGGCAAUCCUUCCGUCAUCAAAACUAGCUCGCAAGCCAAACAGCUCCACGCCCAAAUCGUCAAACGCCAAGGAAAUGCCAUUCUUUUUGCUAAAUCCGCUGCUAUCGUUCUCUCAGUUUACGCCAACUUCAACCUCUUACGAGACUGCCUCUCUCUCUUCAACGCUUUCCGCUAUCCACCUCCGGGCAAGGCGUGGAAAUCAAUCAUCAGAUGCUGCGCUUCCAACGGAAAUUUCGAAGAAUCCGUAGCUUUCUUCAAGAAAAUGAGGGCCGCGGGGAAAUUCCCGGAUAGGAACGUGUUCCCUUCUUUGCUGAAAACGUGCGCCGAUUUGGGCGAUUUGAGGUUUGGUGAAGCGGUGCAUUGCUGCGUGAUCAGGGUCGGGUUGGAUUCGGAUCUUUUUACGGGUAAUGCGCUCAUGAAUAUGUAUGUAAAGCUGGAGCCUUUGAUCGCACACAACGUGUUUGAUGGUUGUUCUGAACCAAAAUGGGCGUUUCAAUUUGACAAUUGUUUGAAUAGGACUGUGAGUUCCGCUAGUUAUAAGCAGGAGUAUAAGGAGAAGUUUGAAGUGGUUGACGAGAAACUCCACUCUUCUGAUGAAAAUGCUAGUGAUGAGUUGAUGAUUGUUGAUGAUUAUGUGAGUUUGAAAAAUUAUGUGGGAAGAAGUAAUGUUGAUUGCUGUGAUGGGGAGAUUGUAGUUGUUGGUAGUGUUUUAGAGAGGAGGAAGAAUAGUGUGGAGAAAGUUUUCAAAACAAUGCCGGUUAGAGAUGUUGUGUCUUGGAACACGGUGAUCGGAGGGCAUGUGCAAAAUGGGAUGCAUGAGGAAGCUUUGUUGACGUUGAAGGAUAUGGGGCAGGGGAACUUGAAGCCUGAUUCUUACACUUUAUCUACUAUCCUUCCGGCCAUUGCAAAGCAUGUGGAUGUGAUGAAGGGAAAAGAGAUUCAUGGGUAUGCAGUUAGGCAUGGUUAUGACAAAGAUGUGUUUAUUGGUAGUAGUUUGAUUGAUAUGUAUGCAAAUUGUAUGCAGUUGGAGUAUUCAUACAAGGUAUUUGGUUUAUCUCCUCGAAAGGACAGAGUUUCUUGGAAUUCCAUGAUAGCAGUGUGUGUUCAGAAUGGAAGUUUUGAUGAUGGAUUGAGAUAUUUGAGGGAGAUGUUGAAGGCUGGAGUUGAGCCCGUGGCGUUUUCAUUUUCAAGUAUCAUGCCAGCCUGUGCCCAUCUCACGAGGCUAUGUUUGGGUAAAGAGCUGCAUGGCUACAUUAUUAGACAGGGCUUUGAUGAUAACAUCUUUGUUGCUAGCUCCCUGAUGGACAUGUAUGCAAAAUGUGGUAACAUAGAGACUGCGAAGUGGAUUUUCGACAAGAUGGAGUUUCAGGACACAGUGUCAUGGACAGCCAUGAUCAUGGCGUAUGCCUUGAACGGGCAUGCCCGUGAUGCCAUUUCUUUCUUCAAGAAGAUGGAGAUGGAGGGGGUGAAACCAAACUCUGGUUCUUUCCUUGCUGUUUUGACGGCCUGUAGCCAUGGCGGAUUGGUGGAUGAAGCUCGGAUGUUUUUUGACAGGAUGACUCAGGGUUAUGCUAUUCCACCAGGGAUAGAGCACUAUGCAGCAGUCUCGGAUCUUCUUGGCCGUGCAGGGAGAUUGGAUGAAGCUUAUGAGUUUAUCUGUAAGAUGCAUAUCAAACCAACAGAUGCAAUUUGGUUGACUUUGUUGUCUGCUUGUCGAGUCCACAAGAACGUGGAACUGGCUGAAAAGGUUGCCAAAGAAGUAUUAGCAAUUGAUCCUGAAUCGGUUAAUGCUUAUGUUCUGUUAUCCAAUGUGUAUGUUGAUGUUGGAAGGUGGAAAGAGGCUACAAAGUUGAGAACCACCAUGAGAAGGAAAGGGGUGAAGAAGAACGAAGCUUGCAGCUGGAUUGAAGUUGUAUAAUUACUGAUUUGUAAGAUAUUGUGCGAUGAAUGCAGCUUGAAUGGGACGUGCCAGGCACGAACAUGGUGCUGCACGGCGUGGAUGUGGAGCAGAAGAUACAUAUAUAUGGUGUCCAAGAUCUUACACAGAUGGAUCGUUGUUGGGAUCUCGUUCAAUUUCACCAUUCAAGGAAGGUGAAUAGCUCAGAAGGAUUGUAGAGUCGUUUGAGCAAAGGAGUUGAGGUUAAGAAAGCUGUCACAAUAGUAAAUUUUGCUGCUGUUUAUACUUGAAAAGUUUGAUUGAUGAGGAUUAUAUCUAUGUUGAACUAGUUUGAACUGUGAGAGAUGUUUUAGAACUAUACAAAUGCAGCAAUCAUGUGACACAAAUCAAUUCUUGAAUUCAAGUAUUUCCUUUCAAAAUGUCAUAAA